ACUGACGAUUUGUCCUUCCCCAGACUGGCCAGCGUAAAUACCUAUAGAGCGCGCGCGAAGGAGAGAGAGGAAGGACGAGAGAGAGGAGAAGGAGAUAGAGAGACCCACUGCGAUGAUACCGCGAUCUCCCGCGUCAAUUCUGUCGGGCGGGCGCAAGUCCGGCAUCUCGCUCGCCCUCAAUGGCAGCGGCCCCUCUGCGCCCGGCGGCAUCUCGCUGCGUGAGCGCCUCUCGGCCCGGUCGCGCGUCACCAACCUGGGCAUCCUCCUCCUCCUCGGCCUGUGCUCACUCAGCGUCUUGAUCAAUCUGCGCUUCAUGAUCUUCGGCGGGCGAGGCGCGCGCAGCCUUCCGCCGCCGGGUUUCGGUUCGUGGACCACGUUCCACGGCCUCACGCCAAAAAUGCUCAGCGAGAACCAACCACUGCCGGCAAAGGGCACCGAGAAGCUCAAUCACCUCGUCGUGGUUGUCGGCCACGCCGUCUGGGCUGGGUGCGACUUCCGGGAGCGGGAAAAUGACGAAAAUUGGGUCUUGGAAGACUACCAACAAGGAGGAAGCAUAAAGACGUUUUGGAAGCACAUUGAAAAGGGCGUGGAGAUUGCCGACGCGGAUCCCACUGCGCUUCUCGUCUUCAGCGGAGGGCAAACACGGCCGACGUCGCUGCAGACCGAGGCCGAGUCGUACUUUUCGCUCGCCGUCUCGUCGGGCCUCUCGCUGCCCGUGCUGCCCGGCUUUAACUUCUCUGCUUCGAACUCUGGCCCUGGAGAGGCACACGCAUCCAAGGCCAUCACAGCGGACGCCAAGGCCAUCCUCGGCCGCGUGGGCAGCGGUGCGCAGGCCAAUGCCGGCGUCGCCGUGGCACGCGGCCUGCAGGGCGUGCGCAUGACGACGGAAAACUUUGCCCUCGACUCGUUUGAGAACCUGCUGUUCAGCAUCGCCCGCUUCCGCGAGUUUGCCGGCCGCUACCCAGCAAGGGUCACCGUCGUGGGCUACAAGAUGAAAAAGAGCCGGUUCGAGGAGCUGCAUGCAAAGGCGAUUCGCUGGCCCGUCAAGGGCUUCUACGACCGCCAGCGCAAGUGGCACUACGUCGGCAUCGACGACGACGCCGACGCCGACUCGCUGGCGGCCGAGUACGAGGGCGAAAAGAUCAAGGGCUUCCGCCUCUUUGAGCGCGACAUGUACGGCUGCCACGGCGCGCUGCAGGCCAAGCGGCGCAUGCGCAACCCCACGCGGCGCUUCCACAGCUACUACACCUCGGCGCCCGAGCUGGCCGACCUGCUCGACUGGUGCCCGCCCGACGAGGUCGGCCUCCAGGGCGUGUACCCGCACCACCUGCCCUGGGACCCGCGCAUCAAGACCGACGGCUGGGGCCGCGGCGCAAAGUCGUACCGCGAGCAGCACAAGGGCGGCAUCAUCCCCGACCCGCGCUGGCUCGAGGUGCACGCCGACCGGUUCUGAUGAUGCCUUGAGGACAGUCAGUCCGUCGGUCGGUCAGAAUGACAUUCUCUCUCUCUUUCUGCGCGCCUUUCUCUCCGCCCCCCUUUCUCGAUUAUUGAGCCUCCCCUGCGCUCGCUCUUCUCUGUCCCUGUCUCUCAGUCACUCGUCAUUCUUGUUGUUGUAUCCGUGGGCGGGUCUGAAUUCUUUCACAUGAAUGGUACAGAAACAAGCUACACUACUCUACUCUAUCCGACUACCGUUGUGCG